AUGAGCGUCGCUUUAACGGCUGCAGCUCCCGUCAUCAUCGACUUGACACUCGAUUCAGCUCCGUCACCUACAUCCGUCAUAUCACCUUACAGGCCUGUUAACCCUUCUCAGACAGUCCAAAUCUCAUCACAGGAACCGCCGGCAAAGAGAAGGCGUGUGGACGAUGGAGGCCCAUCAUCAUGGGACACCAAGAGAUGUAUGCAGGAGCAUUUGCUCCCGCAGGUGCAGCGGGCCGUGGACGGCCUGUCAAGAGCAGAUUAUCUUGUAGAUGACAUUGCUAUUCAGGCCGUCAUGAACUUGCUUAAGAGCACAAGAUUUCGGGACAUGGUUGAGCGCACCAACGGAGUGCUUGCUGCGGAGGAUACAGUCGUUAUAGGAGAACAGGCUGUGCAAGUUGUUACACAGCUAACACAGCUUCCGCAAUAUCAAGUAUCAAAACGCCAACUGAUCAAGGUGGAACACCCUCAACCCACACCACCGGAACCGAGCCCAUCAAAGCUCACGCUGCCACCGGAGCAGAAACCUGCUUAUCCAAUUCUAAAAGCUUCUACUGGCCCAAGUCGUAUACCCAGACCGCGGGUUCGGCCACGACAACUGUCGCCAAAGUCAGACGAUGGCUCACCAGCUGCCCGCUGGAGCACCUUCUCACAGCUGCAACGACGUCCUUAUCUAGAUUAUACCACCCGCGGGAAGAUUGUUCAAGGGUUGAAUCAACUGGUCCAUUUGCCACGUGAUAGGCUGCAGCUUCCGGCAGUGUAUCAUGUCGACUUUACCGCAAGAGAGAUUGCUGAAAUUGUUGAUAUGGUGCAACCGCGCGUACCGAGAAACGUCAUCCGCCUGCCCCGGAACCACUAUGGACUCUGGCGCGUUCUCCGUUGCCAUCUUAACCUCGAUAUUGAGGAGAUUGUUGGAGAUGCAAUCAAGGGCCGAACAAAAGAGGAUAUUUACAACUUUUGUAUUGACCUUGGCGCAGACAAAUUUGCAAGGGCAAGUGAUGCACGGGUUCUAUCGCUUCAGAGAGCCGACCCGGACAAGAAAAGGAGAGCUCGACACGCAAAUCGCCUGCCAUCGUUGCUCUUGGCCCGAGAGAUGGAAGGAAACAUUGGCUUUGGUCGAAUGAGACGAUAUGAAAACUUUCAAAAUGAGUUUCAGACUAGCCACGAAGAUGGAUUAUCGCUUAUCGCUGAGUUUACCAACUGCGCGGGGGAUUUAUCCGCCAUGUCGUGGGUUCCAGAUGGAAAUGUACUUUGCGGCACCACGGCUCACUCUGACGCACAUAAUCAACAAUACAACAAGCCUGGGAACCUGUUGCUCUGCUCCACAACAAAAGGAACACUGCGAGCUUUUGCAGACCAUCGGAUUCCAAGACCGGUAGUCGAAAAGGGCGAGAAUUCGACAGAGGCGAUGCGUCAGAGUCAGGAUCCGUGGCUGUACGCGUCGGUUGUGUCGACAGACUACGAUGUGGCGACUGGCCGAGCUUUCACUUCCAGUUUCGACAAGACGGUCAAGGUGUGGAAUGUUGCGAAAGAGGGAACUGACAUGGAAGCCGUGGCCACUUGGCAUCACGAAGGAAAUGUCAAUUUUGUUGCUGCUGCCAAGGAUGGAUCCGGUCGAGUGGCUACCGCGGCAGAUGUCCCUACACAAGCGAUUCGCAUCUAUACCGUUGAUCCGAAUAAUGUACAGGAAAGCACUUAUCAUACUGUAUCCUGUACUCGAAACGACGCCGACGGGUCGGAUAAAUGGGCGUAUUUCCCUGCAACCCUGCAGUGGGGACGAACGCCAGGAACGCAACAUCUCCUAGCUAUAGGUUACUCGCCUCGAAGUUUCUCAAGUGACGAUACAGACAUCCCAGAAGACAAAUUACACAGCGGCGAGAUUGCCCUCUGGGACGCAGUACGGAAAUGUCGGGUCCCCGUGUUGACGGCCACAACCGCCAACGUGUUUGAAAUCCAAUGGCACCCGACCCUCCCAAGCUUCGUCGUUGCCACUUCACCCUCCGGCUUGAACAUUGAGCACGGAGUACGCACUCACGUUCACCUGUUUCACUUAGACAGAGAAAACGAAGCGUACAGCGAGUUCCAAAAACUAGAUUGCUACGCCUCCGACAUCAACGAGCUGACAAUCAUGCCAAAUUUCCUACGCCACGCUUACAUCACAGCGGGCUGCACCGACGGCCGCGUCUACGUCUGGGACACAGCGCAAGGCGAUCGACCCAUUCACAUCCUCAAGCACGGAUCUCCACUAGACGCCGUCCUCUCCGAUCGCGAGAAGGAAGACACAGGCGUCAAGUUUACAGCCUGGGGAACCACACCAGACCGAUUCUACACCGGCUCAAGCGAUGGCGUCGUCAAGGUGUGGAACAUACGUCGCAAACGCAGACCCUUUGUGAGGAAUCUCCUCGAGGCGCCCGGCCCAAUAUCAUGCGGUGUAUUCUCCCCAAACCACGCGAAACUUGCUAUCGGCGACGCAACCGGCCGCGUGUUCCUCUUCUCCAUCGACGACCGCGACCAAAUAGAAUCACACAUCACCACCAUCCCAGGCACGAACCGGCGCGUCCGCCGUCCAAAGCCAUUCAUUCCCCAUGCUGAGCCUCCGCCGCCCACCGACCCUUCCCAGCAGUCAAAUUCAGAUACAUCCAUUGCCACAUACUCCCGCGACCAAUACCUCCUCUCGCAGCAGCUCACUCUCCAUCCUAACCCGGUCAUUGGCGCGGUCCAAGGCCCGAAUUACACUUGUACAGGGCUAUUCCGCCUCGAUGCCCACAUGUACUUUGAACCUCAGGGUCCUCUGCUCCCCGAGUAUGAGAGGAAUCAACAACAAACCACAGCAGCUAGUCUGGGCCGGCGGGUACGGUCUAUUCGCAGGCUAAGAGAUGCGUCUGAGCAACAAGAUUCUGAAAGGGUCCGGCAUGAAGAGAAUCUGGCGAGGGACCUAGAUGCGAGUACUUUGGAUGAGGAGCUACUUAAGAGCCUGGAGACUUUGAAGGUGCGCUUAGACAUGGAUGGAGAGGAAGGGUGGGAGUUUACAUAUGAGGAUAUGCCUCGUGUGGAGUAG